AUGUUGGAGUUUAGCAAAGCAAGGUUUACAUUCUCUCCAACAAACACUCCAAAUAAGGUCAUGAUUAUCAGAAAGCUGCUGAAGUCAGACCUCUAUGCCUUUCGUUCCGAUCAAAACUUACUUUGUUACUUUAGAACAGUUAUAAUUAUACUCCUUUGUUUAUCGAGUUAUGGGGUUUGUCUAGAAAUAGACAUCCUUACACCGAGUAUGGUCCUCGAGGAUUCAGACACCAUUGUUUCCCAAGGAAAGGUCUUCACUUUGGGAUUCUUCAGCCCCAACGGAACCACCAGGCGCUACGUAGGCAUAUGGUAUUAUUUCUCCAGUGCGUCUGUUAUGUGGGUUGCAAAUCGGGAUCGACCUCUCAAUGAUUCUUCAGGGACUAUAACGAUAUCCUCGGAUGGAAAUAUCGUAAUCAUGAAUGGAAACAAACAGAUUAUUUGGACGACAAAUGCCACAACUUCCCCUCGGAAUGCAUCUGCCCAGCUAAAGGACAAUGGAAACCUUAUUCUGCGCGAUCAGUCGAGUGGUGUUUCAUUAUGGGAAAGUUACAGCCACCCGACAAACUGUUUUCUACCUACAAUGAAUUUAAGUCACAACACAAAUUCAGGUGAGCAAGUGAAGCUAAAUUCAUGGAAAACUUCUCAGGAUCCAAAUUAUGGAGAUUAUUUUGUGGGACUAGAAGUUUCAAUAGGCAUUCCCCAACUUUUUGCACGGUAUCAAGAUCGUCCAUUCUGGAGGAGCGGUCCAUGGAACGGCCGGGUUUUUACCGGAAAAACAAGUAUGUACUCUGUGUACGUUGAUGGAUUUGAUAUUGAAAAUAAAGAUGGCACUUACUAUUUUUUCCGAAAACUUGGUCAAAACUUGACAGUCAAAUAUAUUUUAAAUCCCGAAGGAACUCUAGUUGAAGAAGAAUGGAAUAAUCAGAUUGGUGGCUGGGAUAUAUUGGGCAAGGGUCCGCACUGUGAAAGAGAUAAUAACGCGACGGAUAAAAGCAGAGAGGACAUAUUCCAAAGGUUGACGACGGUGAAAGUGCCCGACUUUAUUCAGUGGUCAUCUGAUCCCGAAAAUGAAUGUAAAAGUCUAUGCUUAAGGAAUUGUUCCUGCUUAGCCUAUUCACAUGACUCUUAUAUAGGAUGUAUGUAUUGGAGCGAGAGCUUAAUUGACAUUCAGCAAAACAAGGAUGAGGGUGGUUUAGAUCUCUACAUCCGCGUGCCCUACUCAGAACGCGAUAAGCAGAGAGGCAAAAAAGGGAAAAUCAUAAUUUUGGUGAUAAUCAGUUUGGUGGUUGUAUCCAUUUGCUUAUUUUUUUCUUGGUGGUGGAUGUCUAAGCGAAAAGGCAAUCACAUAAUAGUACAACAUGAAGCAGAGUUGUCGGGUUCAAACCCAAUCAUGCUUCAAAAUCCAGAGGACAAGGUGAAUAUUGAAGAAUUACCAUUAUACACUCUUGAGAUGCUCGCAAAUGCAACAGACAAUUUCCACUCAACAAAUAAGCUUGGUGAGGGUGGUUUUGGUCCGGUUUAUAAGGCAUGGAAAUUAUGGAACGAGGACAAUACUGUGGAACUCAUAGAUAAAAGAAUAUUGAAUCCUAGCCUCAAUGCAGAAGUCACGAGGUGCAUGCACAUUGGAUUGUUGUGUGUUCAAGAAUCCCCUGUAGAUAGGCCGACUAUAUCAACUGUUCUUUCAAUGCUCAGGAGUGAAAUUGCUGAUCUGCCAUUGCCAAAGGAACCAUUAUUUACAGAUAGGUGGAAUCGUUCUCAUAUAUCUGCUUCAAGUCAAGCAGGCAACAAUAUUACAUUAACAAUUCUUGAUGGCAGAUGA